GAGGGGAUGGAUGAGGGGAGGAGAUUUCUUGACAUUCAUCUAAUCCUCCAAGCUUAUCAUGAUGGGGGGAUGAGAUCCAUCCAUUCCCUUCCUAAUUGGUUGUACCUGCAUAUAUUGAAAAUAUCCCGAUGCGUGGCUGUGCUUCCAGCUGUGUACCCUUGAAUUCUGCAUUUGUUGCCUAAUAUUGAUUCAGAUAUCAGACUGAGAGAUAUCCUAUCCCAUUACCUUCAAUUGAAUGUUGCAAUCGUCUUCUUUCUUGGUCAAAGUUUAAACUGGGCCGCUUGUUGGGGCCACUUCCUUUGGAGAUCAUGUCCGAUAGUCCAUUGUCGAUUGCUGCUAGUAUCACGGGAUUGCUUACCUUUGUUGCAGCUGUUAUGGCUGGUUUCUAUGCACAUGCUCUCGGUCUUCGUGAUGCCGUUGAUACGCAAGCCGAAAUAUCGAGUGCAUUAGAUAAAAUAUAUCUUCUCGAAACGGAGACUGAUAUGUUGAAUAAUGCAUAUUUGGCUUCGCUCAUUCGUCAACCCGAUCGAAAAUAUGGUACUGGUGAUUUCAAGUAUUUUCAAGGACUUUAUGUCCAAUCGUUAGAACGAAUGAGAGUCAUGGACAGAGAGCUGAGGACAAGUGCCGAAUUGGUAACCAAAGGUGAUGGGUAUGGUAGGAUUUCCAGAGUGAAGAGAAAGGCUGCUUGGAUGGCAUCAAGAGCUCGUAUCCAAAGAGAUAUCGAUGAGAGGAAGACCGAGAGCAUAAGGAUCUUUCAAAUCCAACUUGCCAUGUUAUCAGCGAAAAUUGAUGAGCUAUCUUAUCAUCAAAACAAUCAUAACGCCACCUGCAAUGUCAUGCUGGCCGAUAUGGGAGACUUGUCAAAUGGCAUGAUGAAACUACCUCCUACACCUCCAACCCCUAUACUUUCUGCUCCCUUUCCUGAUCGACUCAAGAUCAAUAAUCAUGCAGAAAUAUCAGCCACGCCAAGUCAAUACCACACGCCAUCAAAAACGUCUGAACCAACUCCACUUAUUUCACUUCCAUUGAGGGUAUGAGAGUAUAAGAUAUUCUGGAUUCCAAAAAUUGUAUUCCAAAAGACUUCGUUCUAGUACCACGUCAAAGCUUCCGACCCAUUACACUAAAUUGCAACCUGGUCA